CUAGCGUAACGCGGGACACUCGCAGUGAGCGCAACUUCAAUGACAUUAGUUGCUUUAGUGUCGAAUUCUGAGUCAUAGACAACGUCUUGUUCUGAUGGAUGUUGAUUUGUACGCGUACUUUGGCCUCAGAGAUGAUUGUACUGCAAAGGACAUUCAGAGAGCGUAUAAGAAGAAGGCAAGAGAGGCACAUCCUGAUAAAAAUCAAGACAAUCCGUUGGCAAAGGAAUCAUUUCAGCAACUGGCUAUUUAUUUUGAAAUUUUGCACGAUCCCACUAAAAGGAAAGAAUAUGAUCAGAAAUGGAAAGCCAAAAGAGAUGCUAUUAAAAGAAUGGAAUCUAUGGACUCGUCACGAAGAAAGCUUAAAGAAGAGCUAGAAGCGAGAGAAGCGGCUGCCAUGGCUUUGCGAAAGAGGCAGUUUGAAACUGUAGCUAAACAGCAAGCAGCCGACCAGAUUCGCAGGGAUUGGGAACGCCAUAAUGAAGAAAUGAAGUGGCAAGCUGAAAGGAAACGAAAAUCUGCAAGUGAGGAAACUGACAAUGCGAAGUUAAAAUGUACUAAAUCUGGUCAGGCUGUGGUGAGAAUAAAAUGGGCUUACGGAGAAAACUUUCAAGCCAACGCUUGCUACACAGAAUCGUUCCUAAGAACAUGCUUAUCAGAGUUCGGUGACGUGAUAGCUUUCGUCAUUGGUAAACGUGGCAGUGCAAUUGCUGAGUUUUCCACAUACAAUGAAGCAAAAAAAGCAAUAAAGGCAUCUGAACGUGGGGAAGUUGGUCUUCCAAGUUUACCCCUUCAGUUAUCGUGGUUGUCAACAAAUAACACAAAUGUGGUUAGUGACGUAAAUAACUUCAAAGAUAAACAAGUAGAGAAAGAUAAAUCCAUGUAUGAACCAACUCCAAAUAAUAAGUCUAACUUCGAAACAUUCGAACAAGACAUCUUAUCUCGUAUGGCAAACUUUGGACAAUAAAACAUGAAAAGACUGUAUAGGAAAAGAAUCCAUCAGUAAGAAUGUACAAAAUGCUACUUUUUUAUUGUGAAUAUACAUGAAACCAAGUUCAAUAAUUUUUUCUGCUGUACAUAGAAAUCCACAAUAAAAAUGAUUUGAAUUCGC